UUUUUUGUAGACAUUAUCAGACGAAUUACGAGAUUAAGGAAUAUGAAUGCAUAAAGUGAGACAUAGCUCUAGUGUUUAAAGAAAUUAGAAUGUGUAAAAAAUAUAUUAUUAUUAUUAUAUUUCUUCUAGUAAUAAUAUUUGUAACAAAUUCUGAGAGACCAAGUGGAUUAUACAUGGACAAUGGACUUGAUCAAACAAUAUUACACCAAGUUGUCAAUAUUAAACAAAAACGGGAAAUAGAAUAUAACUUGUUAAACAUUCUAGGACUACCUAAGAAACCAAAGAGAAUUGAACGAAGAGCUUUAUUAGUAAAAAGAUCUGCACCCAAAUUUCUACUAAAUAUUUAUAAAAAUGUUUUAUCUAAUGAAGACAACAAAUCAUUUUAUGACAAAUAUGAAGACAUGGAAGAAUUUGAUAAAAAUGGUUAUGAUAUUAAUAUUAUUGAUCAGAGUGACUUCAUUAUGACUUUUGGUGCACAUAAUCCACAUUCAGGGAAUGCAUCCAAAAUGAAUAGAGGGAAACGAAUUUGGUUUGAUGUAUCAGAAGUUCCAUGGGGGGAACAUAUAAUCUCAGCUGAACUACGUCUUUAUCAGAGCCUGGAACAACGUUUUGACUAUAAUAAGAGUUAUACAAUAGCAUUACACAGGGUGGCUAAAACCAAAAAUGGUAGACGAGUCAAACAUUAUAUAAACUCCGUCAAUACUACAACAAAUAAAGAAGGAUGGAUAACUUUAAAUAUUAGCCAAGUACUUGAAUAUUGGGUUGGAAAUCCAAAAGAAAAUCGGGGUUUAUUUGUAGCAGUGCAUGAUGCUGAUUAUAUCGGCCACAUUUUGAGACCAGAUGAUAUAGGAAUUGUAGGUGUUUCAGGAGUUCCAGAUAAGCAACCAUUUAUGGUUGGUUUCUUCAAAAAUGCCGAAAAGCAAAUUAAGCACAAUGUAUUACAAAGACAAAGAAGAGAUCAAUUUAAAAAAUUGGAUUUCGGUAUCAUAAAUGCUAAGAAUAAUCCAUACACCGAUUUUGGUAAUCAUAAAAAAGGAUAUUCAUGUAAUAUGAAAAGUUUAUAUAUUAGCUUCAAAGACUUACAAUGGCAAGAUUGGAUUAUUGCCCCAGAAGGAUAUGAUGCUUAUUAUUGCAGUGGGGAGUGCAAUUUUCCAUUGAACAUUCAUAUGAAUGCAACUAAUCAUGCCAUUGUGCAGGCUUUAAUGCAUCUUCUGAAAUCAAGAGAAAUACCAAAACCUUGUUGUGUGCCAACAAAACUGUCACCAAUAUCAGUACUAUAUUUUUUAGAUGACAAUAAUGUUGUCCUAAAAAAGUAUCAGAAUAUGGUCAUUAAUAGAUGUGGUUGUUAUUAAGUUCUAUUUAAAUUAUUUUUGUAUUAAUAUUUUAAUAAAUAAACCAAUUCAUACUAUUUUAAAAA